CAGCAGGCGGGCGGUGCCGGGCAGCCUGAGUGGGCGGGCAGGCAGGCGGUGCAGGGCGGGCUAAGAGGGCAGGGCCGCUGAUCUUGCCCCUCCACCCCAAUUUAAUCAUGGCGGCGCCCUGUCGACUCAUAUCAAGGUUGGCUGUUGUGUCAGGAGGAGGCAGUGGCAUUGGAAGGGCAGUGUGCCAGAGGUUUGCUUCAGAAGGUGCUUCCGUAGUUGUAGCUGACCGCAACGAGGAAUCGGCCCACAAGACACUUGAACUCCUUUCACGUAACUACAGAGGACAAGAACAUGUGGCACUCGAAGUGGAUGUGUCAUUGAAGGAGAGUGUAGGAAGAUUAGUAAAUGCUAUACAGAGCCAUUACUUUCAGCCACCCUCCAUAUGUGUGAGUGCGGCUGGCAUCACUCAAGAUGAGUUCCUACUGAAAAUGGAGGAGGAGGACUUUGACAGGGUCAUUCAAGUGAACCUCAAGGGUACUUUUCUUCUAACACAGGCAGUCUCAAGUGCUCUUGUUGCUGCUGGCAUUUCCAAAGGCUCCAUCAUUACAGUGGGCAGCAUAGUAGGCAAGGUGGGGAACGUUGGUCAGAUCAACUACUCGGCCUCUAAAGCUGGAGUGGAGGGACUCACUCGGACAGCAGCCAAAGAACUUAGCAAAUAUGGAAUACGCUGUAACUGCAUCCUGCCAGGGUUUAUUGCCUCACCUAUGACGGAAAACCUGCCAGAGAAAGUCAUGAGCAAGGUCAGCCCAUUGAUUCUGAUGGGCAGAAUGGGGAAGCCUGCAGAGGUCGCUGAUGUUUGUGCAUUCUUGGCCUCAGAUGAUAGCCAGUACAUAACUGGAGUCAGUAUUGAAGUUGCAGGAGGCUUGUUCAUUGGGUGAUAUUGUGUUCUGCUGCCCUGAGUGAAAACAACCUAAUUGCAAGAUCUCCAAGUGAUGCCUUUGGUGUUGUAAAUGACCUCAUGUAAAUGUACAUUUUAAAUUACGACUUGAAAACUGUAUUGCUGUAAGGAAAUUAUAAUACACUUACAAGUAAAAAAAAUCAGCUCAGAUAUUUUUUCUAAACAAAAUAUUUUGUUUUAAUUGUUAAAAGGAUCAGAAUCUGAAUCUUUAUUCUUAGUACAGGUUUUAACAUAAUUUCCAAAUAUAAAAAACAUCAAAUAUGGGGGAAGAAAUGUAUCCUGUCUAUUCACAUGAAGGAGGAAAACCUCAACAAAUGAUGGAUAUUCCAACAAGACAAAUGAAACAAAAACACAUUGAGAGGCAUUGGUGGGAAAUGUGUAGAGAAAAGAAAAUCCAACCACAUUUGAUGGUCUAUGGACAGGCGUGAAGAAUGUGUAGGAAGCAGUGUUGAACAUUUCGUCUAGGUUUGGAGACAACCUCAUACUGCUUUAUCAUACUUUCCUAAAGUUUUUUUUAAAUAGAACUUUUUCCAACAUAUUCUUCACUACUCCUCAAACCAUUUUUUUCUUGUCCACACACGUUUACAAAUUAGCCCAGAUCAAUGGGAAAAUGGGCCUGAAGUUCAUUAAUAUACUAUGUGGCGUCUUGUCUUGUUGAAAUGUCCAUAAUUUAUCUUUGUCAGUAAAUCUUCAUUUUGAAUAGCCCAUUAUGUUUACGUUGUUGAUGCUUAUCUUGCAUUUAACUUGCAUCGAACUAAGUAUCUCUUCAAUUCAUCUCAUUUUCCCUAACCCUGGCGCUGAUACUAAGCCUAAUCUUAACUGUACCUCAGAAUAAAAUGUACCACUGGAAAUUUAGAAUGACGUUGGAACUAACAACUACAAAAAUUUGAAGCACUGUUUUGAAAUUUUGCAUGAAAUUCUUUUUGCUCAAUUUUUUGUCUGAAAUUGCAAAAUACGACAAGUUGGUAGUAAUAGUAGUAAUAAUAAGUAUUACUAAAAUUAUAAGACAUUUAACAGUCUUACUAUUCAGAUCCCUAAUUUCCCUAAAUAAGGAAACCAGCAAUUUGAAGAGGAAGAUGAUGAAUAAAAACAAGUGAGUCAUAUAGGUCUUUUUAAAAAGAUUAUAUAUAUUACAGAAACAUUUAAAAAAUACUUACACACAUACAAUAAUCUUUUCCUCAGCACCAUAUUUAAGACAUAGAUGUUUGUUUUGCAAUAACACAGCACACCCCUCCUCAGUGUUUCCUGAUGAGACCACGCCAUUAAGAAUUGUGUAUAGCUUCUGUGUCUCCCAGCUCUCUUUAUGAUAUAAAAAAAAACGUCAUUUAAAUAAAAUAUUUUUGGCUUUA